CCUCAAUUCUUUUGUUAUUUCAAUCAUUCAUUCUCACACACACAAACACAUCGAAGUUAAGGGAAAAGGAAAGGUUGGAUCAGAGAAUUUCUUUAACACACACAAACGCAUCGAAGUUAAGGGGAAAAGAAAGGUUGGAUCAGAGAAUUUCUUUAUCAAGUGUGUGGGGGAUCGGAAUUGAAAUAUAUAUGGAGCCGUCUGAUCUGGGAAUAUUACGAGGCGGGAGUAUAAGGGGCAGCCUAAGGGGGAGCUUGCGAUCAAACACAAAUUCAAUUUGGAGGAACACGGGCGUCGAAGUGUUCUCAAAAUCAUCACGAGAUGAGGACGACGAAGAGGCGCUGAAGUGGGCUGCGCUCGAGAAGCUCCCUACUUUCGACAGGCUCAGGCGUGGCCUGCUCUUUGGGCAGGACGGUCCUGUAGCCGAACUCGUAGACAUCGACAACCUCGGCUACCACGAAAGGCAGGCCUUGCUUGAUAGGCUCGUAAAGGUUGCCGAUGAGGACAAUGAGAAGUUUCUUGUCAAGCUCAAGAAUAGAAUUGAUAGAGUUGGAAUUGAUAUGCCAACUAUAGAAGUGAGGUUUGAAAAUCUUAAUAUAGAGGCUGAUGCGUAUGUGGGCAGCAGAGCUUUGCCUAGCUUCAUUAACUUCACUACCAAUUUCAUCGAGGAUGUGAUCAACGCCCUUCACAUUACCAAAAGCAAGAAGAGGCGAUUCACUAUCCUAAACGACGUCAGUGGGAUCGUUAAGCCCUCCAGAAUGACGUUGCUCUUGGGGCCCCCGGGUUCAGGGAAGACCACACUUUUGUUGGCCAUGGCUGGAAAACUCGAUAAAGACCUACGGGUUAGUGGAAACGUGACAUAUAACGGUCACAUGCUAAACGAGUUUGUACCACAGAGAACAGCUUCUUACAUUAGCCAACAUGACCUGCAUAUUGGGGAGAUGACCGUUAGAGAAACGUUGGAAUUCUCCGCCAGAUGCCAGGGGGUCGGUUCUCGUUACGAAAUGUUAGCCGAGCUGUCCAGGAGAGAAAAGGCUGCCAACAUCAAGCCCGACCCGGAUCUGGAUGUCUUCAUGAAGGCAGCAUCGACAGAGGGACAAGAAGCUCAUGUUGUCACUGAUUACAUUCUCAAGAUCCUGGGACUGGACAUAUGUGCGGAUACUAUGGUGGGAGAUGAAAUGCUAAGAGGUAUAUCUGGUGGACAGAAAAAGCGUGUCACCACGGGUGAAAUGAUCGUCGGCCCCGCAAAGGCCCUUUUCAUGGACGAAAUUUCCACGGGCCUCGACAGCUCUACUACAUAUUCCAUUGUGAACUCACUCAGGCAAUACGUCCACAUUCUCAAGGGAACCACCGUCAUUUCGCUGCUCCAACCGGCCCCGGAGACUUAUAACUUGUUCGAUGAUAUCAUCCUGUUGUCAGAUGGAUACAUUGUUUACAGCGGCCCUCGCGAAACUGUGGUUGAUUUCUUUGAAUCCAUGGGGUUCAAGUGCCCGGAUAGGAAAGGCGUUGCAGAUUUUUUGCAAGAGGUGACUUCAAAGAAGGAUCAACGUCAAUAUUGGGCACGCAAAGAUGAAACAUACAGAUUUGUUACGUCAAGGGAGUUUUCUGAAGCAUACAAAUCCUUCCAUGUUGGGAAGAAAGUGGCAGAGGAGUUGUCACUCCCAUUUGACAAGAGCAAAAGCCACCCCGCUGCCUUGACGACUCAAAGCUAUGGCAUUGGAAAGAGACAACUGUUGAAAGUCUGCACAAAAAGGGAGUAUUUGCUCAUGAAGAGGAACUCAUUCGCUUACACAUUCAAAUUCUUCCAACUUUUGGUGAUGGCUUUGAUUACAAUGACCUUGUUUUUCCGGACUAAGAUGCGCAAAGAGAACGAGACUGAUGGAGGAAUAUACAGUGGGGCCUUGUUUUUCGGUGUUAUCAUGAUUAUGUUUAAUGGGAUGUCUGAGGUUCCUAUGACGAUAUAUAAGCUGCCUGUGUUCUACAAGCAGAGGGACCUCCUUUUUUUCCCUCCAUGGGCAUAUGCUCUCCCUUCGUGGAUUCUUAAAGUUCCCAUUACCUUGGUUGAAGUCAGUCUCUGGGUGUUUAUCACUUACUAUGUCAUAGGAUUUGAUCCAAACGUUGGCAGGUUAUUCAAACAGUUCUUGCUACUUGUGAUGGUAAACCAGAUGGCUUCUGGAUUGUUCCGAUUUGUUUCAUCAGUUGCUAGAACCAUGGGAGUUGCAAUGACAUUCGGAACCUUUUCAGUGCUACUCCAAGUUGCACUAGGAGGCUUUAUCCUUGCACGAAAUGAUGUGAAAAAGUGGUGGAUUUGGAUGUACUGGUCUUCCCCUUUAAUGUAUUCUCAGAAUGCAAUUCUUGUGAACGAAUUUAAGGGGCAUAGCUGGAGAAAAAACGCAACGUCUAGCAGCAGAAUACUUGGAGAUGUUGUCGUGGAAUCAAGAGGGUAUUUUGCAGAAGCAAAAUGGUAUUGGAUUGGACUUGGAGCACUCAUUGGAUAUACAAUCAUUUUCAACAUAUGUUACAUGUUGGGCCUCCAGUAUCUUAACCCAUAUGGAAAACCCCAAGCCAAUGUAGUUGAUGACGAUGAAACUGUAGAGUCAAGUGGUCAACAACCGUAUAUCAUUCCUGAGCAAAACGCUGGUGGAGGAAGUUCCAUCGUUGAGACUAAAAAAAGAGGAAUGGUCCUUCCAUUCGAGCCAUAUUCAUUGACGUUUAACAAUGUGGUUUACUCUGUUGACAUGCCACAGGAAAUGAAAGAGCAGGGUACUUCUGAGAAUAAAUUGGUGCUAUUGAAGGGUGUAAGUGGAGCCUUUAGGCCCGGUGUUCUCACAGCUUUGAUGGGUGUUAGUGGUGCUGGAAAAACAACCUUGAUGGAUGUUUUGGCAGGAAGAAAAACUGGUGGGUAUAUAGAAGGUGACAUCAAAAUUUCUGGUUAUGAAAAGAAACAAGAGACAUUUGCCCGAAUUUCGGGGUAUUGUGAGCAGAAUGACAUCCACUCGCCUUUCGUCACCGUGUAUGAAUCACUAGUGUACUCCGCUUGGCUACGUUUGCCUGAUGGGGUUGAUUCCAAGACUAGAAUGAUGUUUGUUGAUGAAGUAAUGGAGUUAGUUGAGCUAGGCCCAUUGAAAUCAGCUAUGGUUGGACUGCCAGGAGUUAAUGGCCUCACAACCGAGCAGCGCAAAAGGCUCACAAUUGCAGUUGAGUUAGUAGCAAAUCCUUCCAUUAUCUUCAUGGAUGAGCCAACUUCCGAGCUCGAUGCUAGGGCGGCUGCCAUUGUUAUGAGAACAGUUAGGAACACGGUUGACACAGGAAGAACUGUUGUUUGCACCAUCCAUCAACCUAGCAUUGACAUUUUUGAAGCUUUUGACGAGUUGUUCUUAAUGAAACGAGGGGGACAAGAGAUCUAUGUUGGACCAUUAGGACACCAUUCUGUACAUUUGAUCAAAUACUUUGAGUCAAUGGAUGGAGUUCCCAAAAUAAAGAAUGGGUACAAUCCGGCAACUUGGAUGCUAGAAGUGACUACUUCAGCUCAAGAACUCGCACUCAAUGUUGAUUUUGCCGAGCUUUACAAGAACUCUGACUUAUUCCGACGGAACAAAGCAUUGAUUUCAGAGCUAAGUAUGCCUCGCCCUGGUAGCAAGGACUUGUACUUCCCUACUCAAUUCUCGCAAAGCUUCUUUAGUCAAUGCAUGGCUUGUCUUUGGAAGCAACACUUGUCAUACUGGCGAAACACAUCUUACACUGCAGUUAGAUUCCUCUUCACAACCAUCAUUGCUCUCACCUUUGGAACAAUUUUUUGGAAGCUUGGUGGCAAAACUGAAAAGAGACAAGAUCUUAUGAACUCCAUGGGAUCCAUGUAUUCUGCGGUAUUGUUUCUUGGUGUGCAAAACUCUGCAUCGGUUCAACCUGUGGUAUCAGUUGAGCGUACUGUCUUUUACAGAGAAAAAGCUGCGGGGAUGUUUUCGGCCUUUCCAUAUGCCUUGGCACAAGUCGCAAUUGAAAUUCCCUAUGUAUUGAUGCAGUCUGUCGUAUACGGCUUGGUAGUUUAUGCCAUGAUUGGAUUUGAAUGGAAUGCUGGGAAAUUCUUCUGGUACUUGUUCAUGAUGUUCUUCACGUUGCUAUACUUCACCUAUUACGGAAUGAUGUCAGUGGCCAUUACUCCCAACCAAAAUGUGGCAUCCAUUGUCUCCGCUUUCUUCUAUGGAGUUUGGAACCUCUUCUCAGGAUUCAUGAUUCCAAGACCUAGGAUGCCUGUUUGGUGGAGAUGGUACUUCUGGGCAUGCCCAGUCUCGUGGACUUUGUAUGGAUUAAUUGCAUCCCAAUACGGAGAUCUCAAUGAUAAAAUGCCUGAAUUGAACACAUCCGUCAAGGAUUUCUUGGAUUCUAACUUUGGCUUCAAACAUAGUUUCCUCGGAGUUAUUGCUGCUGUGAUGAUUGCAUUCCCGACCAUGUUUGCUAUCACCUUUGCAUACGCAAUCAAGGUGUUGAACUUCCAAAAAAGAUAAAAACCCAAAUUUUGAGGAGAUGAUUCAUUGUACUUCGCAUCCUUGUAUUUACCUCAAUAUAUUGUGUCAAUUUUUGUUCUUGUAACAUCAUGAAAAACAUUACUCCCUCCGUCCCCCAUAAAUCUUUCCAAUAGCCCUUUUUCUUUGUCCACAAUAGAUCUUCUCAUUUCAUUUUUUUACAAUUAAAAUACCACAACUACCCCCACUUACUUUAUUUAUUACACCUCACCCACCUCAUUUAAUACACUCCACCCAUUUUCAUUAAGGGUAUUACAGUAAACUUUCACCUUUUUUCAACUCUCCUUAAAAACCACAAAAAGUCAAAAUGAGAACAUCUUAGGGGGACAGAGGGAGUACUAUAUACCGAUCAAGUCCCUUUUCAUUACACACGAAUGUAUGAAUUAAAAGAUGAAUUUAUUU